AUGGCGAACGACGAGAAGAACGACCCGUCGGUCUCCCCCAUUGAUAUCGGGAGGGAUCAGGGCGUCCUGACUGACGAGAAACUUGCUGCUCUCCACCGUCUUAACUCUGAGGAAGAAGCUUUUGAAGCCCAUCUUAAUGUUACCGAGGAUGAUCUCAUCGAGGCCAAGGCCGUCGCUGCCACCCUCUCCUUGGAAGGAGUGCGCAAGAUGAUGGAGACUGUCCUGAGGAUUCACAACCGAGACCCGAACUUUCCUCACAGCGUUCUCAUGAAGAUCCAUGAAUUCCUUGACAAUCAGGAUGUUUUUGAGAGACCCGAGAAGCACGAGCAACUGAUUUGGGAGAUGAAGCUUGAGGCUGCUUUGAUCACCAACAACAGCCCCUACGCGGAGGUGCGAGCUGUCGUCGACAAUAAGGACGACCCUUCUCUUCCGUGCGGAACGAUUCGAGCGUGGACUAUUGGCGUCUUCUUCUCGGUCUUCUUGGCCUUCAUCAACCAGCUAUUCAGUAUCCGUCAGCCCCUCAUCAGUAUCGAAUCCAACGUCGCUCAGCUUCUCGCCUUCCCCCUCGGUAAGGCAUGGGAGAAGUUCAUGCCGAACACCAUUUUCUCCGUCUUUGGUUACGAAAUCCCCCUCAACCCAGGCCGCUUCAACAAGAAGGAGCACAUGCUUAUUGCCAUUAUGGCCAAUACUGCAAAGAGUCUGCCGUACACCCAGUACAUUGUCUGGACUCAGGUCUUGCCGCAAUACUUCAACCAGCCGUACGCCAAGAGCUUCGCCUAUCAGAUCCUGAUUGCGCUCUCUACCAACUUCAUUGGCUACGGUCUCGCUGGACUCACUCGCCGAUUCAUCGUGUACCCUUCGUACUGCGUGUGGCCGGCGUCUCUCGUCACCAUUGCCCUCAACUCGGCGCUACACAACGAGAACAACAUUGCAGUGCCGGGACCUUUCAAGAGACUGUAUGCGAUGACUCGAUACAAGUUCUUCCUGUGGUCCUUUGCCGCAAUGUUUGUUUACUUCUGGUUCCCGAACUACAUCUUUGAAGUCCUCACCUUCUUCAGCUGGAUGACUUGGAUCUCGCCCGACAACCACAACUUGGAGAUUUUGACAGGUUUCCGUAACGGUUUGGGAAUGUUCAACCCCUGGCCUACCUUUGACUGGAACGUCAUGCUUUUCGACAGUGUCGAUCCCUUGAUGGUUCCUGCCUUUUCCACCUUCAACCGCACUCUCGGCAUGUGGUUGCUCGGAUUCGUGAUCAUGGGUCUCUACUACACAAACGCGUGGAACACUGCCUACCUCCCGAUCAACUCAAACCGUGUCUUUGACCACUUCGGCAAUCUCUAUAAUGUCUCCCGCGCUCUCGACGACCGUGGCAUGUAUGACCAUGAGAAGUACAUGAACUAUUCGGCCGCUUACCUCGCAGCCGCCAACACCAUGGUCUAUGGCGCAUUCUUUGCCCUCUACGCUGCUGCCGUCACCCACGUUGCAAUUUUCCACCGCUACGAGAUCGUGAUGGGCUUCAAGAACAUGUGGGCCAGCAUUCGCCGCCAAAAGAAGACCGUUACCGAGGGCGAGGAGACUGGCGAGUACAAGGACGUCCACAACCGUCUCAUGGCUUCUUACCCUGAAGUUUCCGAGUGGUGGUAUCUGGGCACGCUCAUCGUCGCUGCAGGCCUCGGCUUUGCAGGUGUCGCGGCAUGGCCUACUUACACUACGCCGGGCGUUGUCCCCUAUGGUAUCUUCUUGGCCGUCGUCUUCGUCAUCCCCAUCGGAAUUAUCAAGGCCAUGACAGGUAUUGAGGUUACCCUCAAUGUUCUGGCCGAGUUCAUCGGUGGUAUGUGGGUACAGGGCAAUGCUUUGGCCAUGAACUUCUUCAAGUCCUUCGGUUACGUGACGUGCGCUCACGCCGUCCACUUCGCAAACGAUUUGAAGGUGGCUCACUACCUCAAGAUCCCUCCCCGUCAGACCUUUGCCUGCCAGAUGGUUGCCACUCUCAUUUCCACAUUCGUCUGCACGGGUGUCAUGAACUUUCAAAUCAACAUCCCCAACGUCUGCACUCCCGACGCUCCUAUGCGUUUCUUCUGCCCCGGACCCAACACCUUCUUCACCGCUGCCGUGCUCUGGGGUACUAUUGGACCUAUCAAGGUCUUCGGUCACCAGGGACAGUACAACUACCUCCUGCUCGGCUUCCCCUUGGGCAUCAUUCUGCCGGUCCUGUUCUACUACUUAAUCAAGUUCUACCCCAAGAACCGCUACCUCCGCCAGUUCCACCCCGUUGCUCUCUUCUACGGAGGCAUCAACUGGGCUCCGUACAGCUUCUCAUACGCCUGGCCCGCCGUCCCCAUCGCCUGGUUGUCCUGGAUCUACGUCCGAAGCCGCUACUUGGCUUUCUGGUCCAAGUACAACUUUGUCCUGUCGGCCUCGUUCUCAGCCGGCAUUGCACUCUCGGGCAUCCUCAUGCUCUUCACUGUGCAGUGGCUCGGUGCCGAGGUCAACUGGUGGGGCACCACCCAGAUCGGCGCCGGCUGCGAGGGUUCCGCGUGUACCCUCAAGUCCCUGGCCGAGGGCGAGCGGUUCUACCCUUGGUGGAACCCCUCCCAGGUCCCCACUCCCUAA